ACGGCAACCUGGGCCCCUCUACAGUUCCAGUCCUCCAACCAGAGCCAGCUCUCCCCUCAAAAUGCUACGGCCUGUGACAAUGCUCCGGAAGCCUGGGACCUGCUGCACAGAGUGCUGCCGACAUUUAUCAUCUCCAUCUGCCUCUUCGGCCUCCUGGGAAACCUUUUUGUCCUGUCGGUCUUCCUCCUGCCCCGGCGGCGACUGAAUGUGGCAGAAAUCUACCUGGCUAACCUGGCGGCCUCUGAUCUGGUGUUUGUCUUGGGCUUGCCCUUCUGGGCAGAGAAUAUCUGGAACCAGUUUAACUGGCCUUUCGGGGCCCUACUCUGCCGUGUCAUCAAUGGGGUCAUCAAGGCCAAUUUGUUCACCAGCAUCUUCUUGGUGGUGGCCAUCAGCCAGGACCGCUACCGCGUACUGGUGUAUCCAAUGGCCAGUCGGAGGUGGCAGCGGCGGAGGCAGGCCCAGGUUACCUGCGUGCUCAUCUGGGUUGUGGGGGGCCUCUUGAGUAUCCCCACAUUUCUGCUGCGAUCCCUCAAAGCCGUCCCAGAUCUGAACAUCACCGCCUGCAUCCUGCUCCUCCCCCACGAGUCCUGGCACUUUGCAAGGAUCGUGGAGUUAAACAUUCUGGGUUUCCUCCUACCACUGGCUGCGAUCAUCUUCUUCAACUACCACAUCCUGGCCUCCCUGCGAGGGCGGAAGGAAGCCAGCGGUACAGGGUGUGGGGGCCGCAAGGAUGGCAAGACCACGGCGCUGAUCCUCACGCUCGUGGCUGCCUUCCUGGUCUGCUGGGUCCCUUACCAUUUCUUUGCCUUCCUGGAAUUCUUGUUCCAGGUGCAAGCAGUCCGAGGCUGCUUCUGGGAGGACUUCAUCGACCUGGGCCUGCAGCUGACCAACUUCUUUGCUUUCAUCAACAGCUCCUUGAAUCCAGUGAUUUAUGUCUUUGUGGGACAGCUCUUCAGGACCAAGGUCUGGGAACUUUAUAAACAGUGCACCCCUAAAAGUCUUGCUCCCAUGUCUUCAUCCCAUAGGAAAGAAAUCUUCCAACUUUUCUGGCGGAAUUAAAACAGCACUGAACCAAGAA